UCUGCGUCAGGUCCACUGACAGAUUGGGGAUCUGGUGCGAUACGGUUCUAUCUUGCGUGUAGUGGUAGUGCAGCCUUGUGGUUCCGAUGUGUGGGUUGUCCGAAGUGGUUUUAUGCUUCUAAAUGGAAUUUCCUUUGUGGCAUGCAUUGAAUAAAAAGUAAAUAAUGUGUUUAUAACACGAUUUACUUAAUCGAUCCACUGAAAGUUCAAGAUGUUGACGUUUUCAUCAUUGAGGCAUCCGAACCUGGCACGUUACAGUUAAAAUCAUCCACUAUGAAGAAUCCCACCACAUCCAAAACCACCAUUUCACUCCUCAGUCACAUCAAAUACGAACACCUUAUAGCUGGAAUCUCAGGGGGGGCUAUUUCCACACUCAUAUUGCAUCCUUUAGAUUUAAUGAAAAUUAGGUUCGCAGUAAGCGACGGCAGAACGACAAUUCCGCAAUAUAGCAGCUUAACGAGCGCGUUUUAUACGAUUGUUAAACAAGAAGGGGUCAGAGGGCUGUACAGAGGAGUCGCCCCUAACGUCUGGGGCUCUGGAAGUGCCUGGGGGUGUUAUUUUUUGUUUUACAAUUCUAUAAAAAAUUGGAUUCAGGCUGGCGACAGUCAGUAUCCUUUAGGACCAAGUUUGCAUAUGUUGGCAGCGGCCGAAGCUGGUGUAUUGACGCUGUUCGUUACCAAUCCAAUUUGGGUGGUGAAAACUAGGCUGUGUUUGCAAUAUGGACCAGAAACUCCAUUAUCUACAAGAGAAUGUUAUAAAGGAAUGACAGAUGCUUUAGUUAAAAUAUAUAGAACAGAAGGUGUUCGGGGUUUAUAUAGGGGUUUCAUUCCGGGGAUGUUUGGUGUUACUCAUGGAGCUCUCCAAUUCAUGACUUACGAAGAAAUGAAAACUUUUUAUAAUCGUUAUAGAGGAAUUCCAUUUGACAAUAAAUUAACUACAGGUGAAUACUUGACUUUUGCCGCAAUUUCGAAGUUGAUUGCGGCUGCUGCUACCUAUCCAUAUCAAGUAAUAAGAGCGCGGUUGCAAGAUCAGCACCACUGCUAUAAUGGAACAUGGGACUGUAUUAAAAAAACUUGGAAGUAUGAGCACAUGAGAGGCUUUUACAAAGGCUUAGCACCUUACUUACUUCACGUCACUCCGAAUAUAUGUCUAGUCAUGCUUAUUUAUGAAAAAUUUACUAACAAUUAACUUAAUUCAAUGAAAUAAAGGAAAGUUAAGACUUAAUUUCUUUAGGUGAUGAUAUAUACUAACUUGAAAGAUUUUAACUGUUUAGAAAUCUAGCAUAUUCAGAAAAUGUUAAAUAAAAUUCAUAAUCACUCUCUGAACUCGACUUGCUUGUCAAAAGUUAACGAUAUGCAUUUUGUAUUUUGUUAGAAAAUUUGUAUUCAUAGACAUUUAUCACCUCUGAUGUAAUAAUUAAAUUAAAUUAUUAAAGAUGUAAGUAUAAGAUCUAAGUAUUAAUAGUUUAAUGGAACUUUCCUGUUAAGUUUAGUUCUGUUUUUAGUGAGUUAUUUACAUAUCAUUAUACAUUUUAAGGGUGAUGUAUAAAUGAGUGAGAGAAUUACGUUGUAUGCAACAUGAAGCAGGGUUAAUAAAAUUAUUUUUCUAUUAUGAUGCUAGGUGAACCUAAAGUAUUGUUGUCCUUGUCAUUACAAUAAUAAAUGUGAUGUUUGAAAA